AUGGAUUUAAUCCCAUUUUUAUUUCGUAUCACUAUUUUUAUAUUAUCGUUUCUUUAUAUGAUACCUUUAAAUGAAGCUGCUCCAACACAUUCGUCACCUUAUGAUGCUAUAACCGAAUUUCACAUUGUGUUUGUUAUUCCAAUAACUUUUCAUUCCACUAAUAUUUUAGGAACUUUAUUUAUCUUUUACCGAACGUACUUACGAUGGAAACUUGAUCAUAGAGGUAUUAUAUUAUCACUUAGAUUUCCAUUUUAUUUAGCAAUUACAGAUUUUCUUUAUUCAUCGUCAGACCUAAUCAAUUAUUCAUAUUCGGCUUCAAAUAAAUCAAAAUUCUUAAAUAAUGAAGUCAUCACUUUACCAUCUCCAUUAUGUGAAAUCAUGGGAUUUUCUAUCGUAUUAUUCGUUUCUUUUAACGUGUUAUUGGUUGGAGCUAUAUCUAUUAUCACUUGGUUACGGGUAGUGCAAGAAUACUAUUUCGAAUUAGGAAAAUAUGAUUACAAAAUUUGGUUUCCAAUUGUUAUCUUAUCAUUAAUUUUCCCUCUAAGUACGCUAAACGCCUAUGGUUCUACAAAAUACAAUUGCGCGACUAAACCUGAAGCUAGUGCUGUAAUGACAAUAUUUUUUAUUCUAAUAGUUCUCAUAUUAGCAACUAUUGUGUUUUGUUACGUACAUAUAUUAAUAACGAUUCAUAGAGUUAAAGAAGAAAAUUCAUCAGUCUCAAAAAAUUCAUCAGUCUCAAGUUCGAAUAAUAGUUGGAUGUAUCUUAACAAUAUUGAAAAAAAAACUCUUAAAAAAGUUUUAACUUAUAUUUUAAUAUUCAUAUUACAAUAUGUUCCUGUUCUAAUUUAUAACAUGUGUAGAUUAUUAAAGAUUCAAAAUUUUAUAAUUGGUGUUAUCGUAUCUUCAGUUAUAUGUUUAGGAGGAAUAGGUAACGUAAUUCAAUAUAUGUGUAAUGAAGGAUUUAGAUAUCAAUCAUCAGGCAAUGUUUAUUCAGAUUAUAAAUCUGAAACAAAAUCUGAAGCAGAUGAAGCAGUUGAUGAACAGAAAUCAAAUGAUGAUUCAAUUAUUACUAAUAAUGUAUGAGAUAGUAAUAUAAAAUAUGUAAAAUUAUU